AGACGAUUAUUAUAUAAACGCCUGGCUACUCACAAGUUCUUCCUUCUGAGAAUCACAAUAUAAAGAGUAGACGGAAUCCUGCGCGCUGUUUUUUUUAUUUUUUUCAUCAUGCAAAUCUUUGUGAAAACACUCACUGGUAAAACUAUCACCCUAGAAGUCGAGCCUAGUGACACGAUCGAGAAUGUAAAAGCGAAAAUUCAAGACAAGGAAGGCAUUCCCCCAGACCAACAGCGUUUAAUUUUCGCCGGAAAACAGCUUGAAGAUGGCCGAACCCUAAGCGACUACAACAUCCAGAAAGAGUCGACCCUUCACCUGGUUCUACGUCUCCGAGGAGGAAUGCAAAUCUCUGUUAAAGCGCACUGGAAAACAUUCACACUUGACGUUGAAGCAAGUGACACGGUUGAGAGUGUGAAAGAAAAGAUUCAAAAUAGAGAGGGUAUUCCGCCAAAAGUACAACGUCUUCUCUACGAAGAGGAAGAACUUGUGGACAACAGAAGCCUUGCUGACUACAACAUCAAACAGGGCUCAAUUCUCCAUUUAUUUUUAAUCUGAAUUAAACGUAACUAAACUAUCGUUAAGCUCUACAAGUAUGUAAGGGAAAACAUAAAUCUAAUUUUAAUCUUCAGCUGACAUGGAACAAUCCCGUCAGCUGAUCCUACACUGGAUCAUGGACGGAAACAUGCUUAGCACUGUGAGUGGAAAGAAAAAUAGACUUACCGUUGUGAUUAAAACAGAAUUAUAAAUUUGAUUAAUUUAAACUUGAAUUAGAUCUAUAGACAGCGGCUUUCACGGGCGGACAACCGGAUAAGUAUUGUGAAUGUCAUUUUAAAAUAAAUUACGAAUAGCAGCAA